CGGAAGAAAGUUACAUCGCUGACUACUUGAUGGUGAGAUGUGGUCAGAUGGUUGGAAAACUUUCAGAUGUUCUGACAAUUAAAUUGUAUUAAAUAGAGACUUCUUCUCCUCAUUUUUGGAGCUUCUCUCACUUCUCCAUCUUCCCCUCUACUUUCAGUCACAUUUGUCUACCACUUGCCAACUUCUUACCCAAGUUAGCUUUACUUCAAAACUCAUUGAUAUGUCCAGCAAACCAACAUUUGUCUUGAUUCCUGGAGCAUGGCACCGUGCUGAAAUUUGGAAGAAAGUUAUUUCACUCCUGGAAAAACAACAGGACAAAUGUAUUCCAGUGGAACUACCAUCAACGGCAGGAGAUCCCACCACAAGUUUUGGCGAUGAUAUCGCCGCUGUUCGAAAUAUCAUAUUAUCAGAAACGAAACAGGGACGCGAUGUGAUAAUAGUGGUACAUUCCUAUGGUGGUGCAGUUGGUCAGAGUGCGGUUAAAGGGCUUACCCGUCACAACUCCGAUGACCUCGAAUCUACAAGCGACCGACCGACGGGCCAUGUCAUCGGUCUCGUUAUGAUGGCUUGUGGAUUUGGGCAAACGGGAAUGAGCUUCAUCGACGCUAUUGGCGGGACACCACCACCAUUGUGGAGAUGGGACGAUAGUGGAUUCGUGACAUUAGAACUUCCAGCUAGAGAAUCAUUUUACCAUGAUCUUCCUGAGGAAGAAGGUGAAUAUUGGGUUAGCAAGUUGACGAAGCAAUCACAGAAGGUUUUGAAGGAGGGUGGGGAGUGGGCUUAUGCGGGAUGGAUGGAUCUGCCAGUUUGGUAUUUGAUGACGAUGGAUGAUAGGACGUUUCCGGUUGAGGUGCAAGAGAUGUUUGUGAAAAUGGCGAGGGAUGCUGGGGCAGAUGUUACGGUGCGACAGGUUGCGAGUAGUCAUUCGCCGAUGUUGAGUAGACCAAAAGAGACGGUGGAUUUUAUAUUGGAAGCGACGGUGUCUCUGGUCAAAGAAUGAGAGCGCAGGAGAUUAUUGUACAAUGCAGAAAUCCCAACUUUAUUUUACCUAGUUACUGGCAAUGCCUUAGUAGCUACAAGGCUACACCCAUCCUCUUAAUCCUCCAAUACUUUUCGGCCUUUCAGUUACUCUCAAUAUCACAACUCUUUCCAAUGUCCGAAGUUCUCUCAACGAUCAAAUAAAUAACCAGUAAACGCAAUAGCCGAAAACUCCUAGAAUUUUAUGUACCGAUAGCUUAGAAUGAAUUUGAUGAAUCAAAGAUUUCUCAUU